ACGUAUAGUUUAGCCUCCAUGUGUUUGUAUUCUUUAUGUUUUUUUCCCUGUAGUUGAUUUCUAAUCUCAUAGCGUUGUGGUCGGAAAAGAUGCUUGAUAUGACUUCAGUUUUCUUAAAUUUACUGAGGCUUGAUUUGUGACCCAAGAUGUGAUCUAUCCUGGAGAAUGUUCUGUGUGCACUUGAGAAGAAAGUGUAGUUUGCUGUUUUUGGAUGGAAUGUCCUAUAAAGAUCAAUUAAAUCUGUCUGGUCUAUUGUGUCAGUUAAAUCUUGUGUUUCCUUAUUAAUUGUCUGCUUGGAAGAUCUGUCCAUUGGUGUAAGUGAGGUGUUAAAGUCCCCCACUAUUAUUGUGUUACUGUCGAUUUCCUCUUUUAUAGCUGUUAGCAGUUGCCUUACAUACUGAGGUGCUCCUAUGUUGGGUGUGUAUAUAUUUAUAAUUGUUAUAUCUUCUUUUUGGAUUGAUCCCUUGAUCAUUAUGUAGGGUCCUUCCUUGUCUCUUGUAACGUUCUUUAUUUUAAAGUCUAUUUUAUCUGAUAUGAGUAUUGCUACUCCAGCUUUCUUUUGAUUUCCAUUUGCAUGGAAUAUCUUUCUCCAUCCUCUCACUUUCAGUCUGUAUGUGUCCCUAGGUCUGAAGUGGGUCUCUUGUAGACAGCAUAUAGAUGGGUCUUGUUUUUGUAUCCAUUCAGCAAGCCUGUGUCUUUUGGUUGGAGCAUUUAAUCCAUUCACGUUUAAGGUAAUUAUCGAUAUGUAUGUUCCUGUUACCAUUUUCUUAAUUGUUUUGGGUUUGUUUUUGUAGGUCCUUUUCUUUUCUUGUGUUUCCCACUUACAGAAGUUUCUUUAGCAUUUGUUGUAGAGCUGGAUUGGUGGUGCUGAAUUCUCUUAGCUUUUGCUUGUCUGUAAAGCUUUUGAUUUCUCCUUUGAAUCUGAAUGAGAUCCUUGCCGAGUAGGGUAAUCUUGAUUGUAGGUUCUUCCCUUUCAUCACUUUAAAUAUUUCAUGCCACUUCCUUCUGGCUUGUAGAGUUUCUGCUGAGAAAUCAGGUGUUAACCUUAUGGGAGUUCCCUUGUAUGUUAUUUUGCUGUUUUUCCUUUGUUGUUUUCAAUAAUUUUUCUUUGUCUUUUAAUUUUUGUCAGUUUGAUUACUGUGUGUCUCGGCAUGUUUCUCCUUGGGUUUAUCUUGCCUGGGACUCUGUGCUUCCUGGACUUGGGUGGCUAUUUCCUUUCCCAUGUUAGGGCAGUUUUCCACUAUAAUCUCUUCAAAUAUUUUCUCAAGUCCUUUGUCUCUCUCUUCUUCUUCUGGGACCCCUGUAAUGCGAAUGUUGUUGCCUUUAAUGUUGUCCCAGAGGUCCCUUAGGCUGUCUUCAUUUCUUUUCAUUCUUUUUUCUUUAUUCUGUUCCGCAGCAGUGAAUUCCACCAUUCUGUCUUCCAGGUCACUUAUCCGUUCUUCUGCCUGUUAUUCUGCUAUUGAUUUCUUCUAGUGUAGUUUUCAUUUCAGUUAUUGUAGUGUUCAUGUCUGUUUGUUUGUUCUUUAAUUCUUCUAGGUCUUUGUUAAACAUUUCUUGCAUCUUCUCGCUCUUUGCCUCCAUUCUUUUUCCGAGGUCCUGGAUCAUCUUCACUAUCAUUAUUCUGAAUUCUUUUUCUGGAAGGUUGCCUAUCUCUACUUCAUUUAGUUGUUUUUCUGGGGUUUUUAUCUUGUUCCUUCAUCGGGUACAAAGUCCUCUGCCUUUUCAUUUUGUCUGUCUUUCUGUGAAUGUGGUUUUCCUUCCAUGAGCUGCAGAAUUGUACUUCUUCUUCGUUACAGCCCCCUUUGUGAAUCAGAUGGAAAUUUAGUCCCCUCUCCUCCGGAAAAAUGUCCACACACACAAAUGGAAUUUUGCAUACAAUCCCAAGAGGUUCAUGAAGACUAUUCAUAGGCUUCAUAAAUCAGCAUUUCUGAAUCCUUAUGUAACCUAGUCCCCUUAAUUCACAGAUAAGAAAAUAAACCCAGAGAGAGGAAGUGACUUGUCCAAGGUCACAGUUUAGGAGAAUGGAUUAAAACUCAAGUUUUCUGAUUUCCAGUCAAAUAGCCCUUAAAAUGGUUUAUUUCUCACAGGUUACUCAAGCUGCAUUGCUUAACUGUAUUCAGUGGCCCCAAAAUACUUUCAAUUAAGAGAUUUCUAGCAAAGGAAACCUUUUCACAUUGGUGGGGUUGAAUGGGACAUGGCUAAUUGGCAAAAUUCUGCAUAUUAGUGGGACUUUUUGAGUCUUUUGUUUUAAUAUGCCCCUUACUCUCCUUGCAAACUAGCCACACCAUUGUGAUUUCAGAAUGUAAAUCCCGGGCUUAUUAAAUAUUCGCAAGUAGAACAAAAAUCCUUUAAAUUCAUCUUUUGCUUUUCUUCCCACUUGUUCAAGUAUUUCUAUAUUCGUUGUGCCUGCAAGCAUUCGAUGUAGGAAGGAUUGAUGGAGAAGAUAUUAUUUCACUUUUUAUGGUGAGAAAUAAACCCAGGAAGGGUAAGGAUUACACCACAAGUACAUGGUAGAGCCAAGAGCUGAGCCCUGGUUUCUUGACCCCCAGCUUCUGCUUGUUUUCUGCCAGAGGAUUCUGUGGUCCCCAUACCUUGGUUCCUAACUACAGAUGCAAAAAGAAUAGAUGUGUAGGUGGAUAGUUAGAUAGAUGGAUACAUGGGUGUACCUCAGACCAAAUAAAUCAGAAUCUCUGAAAAUGAGGCCAGGUUUGGGAACCACUGCUGCACCCUGUGUUGGCAGAAGCAAACCUAAAUCCAGGACGGUCCCUUGGUAAUGUCCAGGGCUCCAGGAAGAGAUGUCUUUGUGGCUGGAGGCCCCUGUGCCUGUUGUUUCUCCUGUGGAGCUGUGGGAGCCAGAUGCACAAGAUGCAAGCAGCCAGCCUCUGGGAAGCAGCAACUGUGUCCUCAGGGAGGAAUCUAGCACACCCCAAUCUACUGGGGGCACUUCGAGGGUGGGGCUGGAGGCAACAGACCCCACAGCCCCGCUCCCCGGGGUGGAGGCCCCUCCAGAGUCCACAGAGCUUCGUCCACAAAAGCGGAAAAAGGGGCCAGCCCCCAAAAUGCUGGGGAAUGAGCUCUGCAGCGUGUGCGGGGACAAGGCUUCCGGCUUCCACUACAACGUGCUGAGCUGCGAGGGCUGCAAGGGAUUCUUCCGCCGCAGUGUCAUCAAAGGGGCGCGCUAUGUCUGCCACAGUGGGGGCCACUGCCCCAUGGACACCUACACGCGUCGCAAGUGCCAGGAGUGCCGCCUUCGCAAAUGCCGCCAGGCCGGCAUGCGAGAGGAGUGUGUUCUGUCAGAAGAACAGAUCCGCGUGAAGAAACUGAAGCGGCAAGAGGAGGAACAGGCUCAGGCCACAGCCGCGCCCCCGAGGGCGUCCUCUCCGCCCCAGGUCCUGCCCCAGCUCAGCCCGGAGCAGCUGGGCAUGAUUGAGAAGCUGGUGGCUGCCCAGCAGCAGUGUAACAGACGUUCCUUCUCAGACCGGCUUCGAGUCACGCCCUGGCCCAUGGCACCAGAUCCUCAGAGUCGGGAGGCCCGUCAGCAACGCUUUGCCCACUUCACGGAGCUGGCCAUUGUCUCUGUGCAGGAGAUCGUUGAUUUUGCCAAACAGCUGCCGGGCUUCCUGCAGCUCAGCCGGGAGGACCAGAUUGCCCUCCUGAAGACCUCCGCAAUUGAGGUGAUGCUUCUGGAGACGUCUCGGAGGUACAACCCUGGAAGCGAGAGUAUCACCUUCCUCAAGGAUUUCAGUUAUAACCGGGAAGACUUUGCCAAAGCAGGGCUGCAGGUGGAGUUCAUCAACCCCAUCUUUGAGUUCUCCAGAGCCAUGAAUGAGCUGCAACUAAAUGAUGCCGAGUUUGCCUUGCUCAUUGCCAUCAGCAUCUUCUCUGCAGGACCGACUGAUGUUCCCACGGAUGCUAAUGAAACUGGUGAACCUCCGGACACUGAGCAGCGUCCAUUCAGAGCAAGUGUUUGCACUGCGCCUGCAGGAUAAGAAGCUUCCCCCGCUGCUCUCUGAGAUCUGGGACGUGCACGAGUGACUGAUCCUCCCCUGCAUCUUCUGUUUUCUGAGCUGGAUGGCUGAGGCUGGUGGCUGCCUCCUAGAGGUGGCCCCGACUGAGGACAAACAUUCCUGAGGGCUGGGCAAAGGAGAUCCUCGAGUGGCAUUAAAGGAGAGUCAAAGGG